CGCCUUCGCCUCCGCGUCAGCAGAGGCGUGGCCCGGCGGCGUGGUGGCGUCAUCAGCGUGCGCCGCACCCGGAAGAGACGUGGCAGCGGAGGGAUAAUUGGGGCGGCCGGAGCUGAAGGGGCCGAGCGGGAGAACUGUUGAGCGCGGUCCCUGCCCCUCCGCUCCUCGGCCCAUCGCUCCCGCCGGGUGGAAUUGGUGCCGCGGCCGUCAGUAACGCGGAGACUGGGGGUCGACCAUGGGGCUUUGCAAGUGCCCCAAGAGAAAGGUGACCAACCUGUUUUGCUUCGAACACCGGGUCAACGUCUGCGAGCACUGCCUGGUGGCCAAUCACGCCAAGUGCAUCGUCCAGUCCUACCUGCAGUGGCUUCAAGAUAGCGACUACAACCCCAAUUGCCGCCUGUGCAACGUACCCCUGGCCAGCCGCGAGACAACCCGCCUAGUCUGCUAUGACCUCUUUCACUGGGCCUGCCUCAAUGAACGUGCCGCCCAGCUUCCCCGAAACACAGCACCUGCCGGCUACCAGUGCCCCAGCUGCAAUGGCCCCAUCUUCCCUCCAACCAACCUGGCUGGUCCCGUGGCCUCUGCGCUGAGAGAGAAGCUGGCCACAGUCAACUGGGCCCGGGCAGGACUGGGCCUUCCCCUGAUCGAUGAGGUGGCGAGCCCGGAGCCCGAGUCCCUCAACGCCUCUGACUUCUCUGAGUGGUCCAGCUUUAAUGCCAGCAGUACCUCCGGACCAGAGGAGACAGGCAGUGCUUCUGCUGCUCCAGCUGUCUACAGCCAGGCCCUCCGGCCUCCACCUUCCCCAGGCCGACCCGAGCAGCACACGGUGAUCCACAUGGGAAACCCCGAGCCCUUGUCUCACGCCCCAAGGAAGGUGUAUGACACACGGGAUGAUGACCGUGCUCCAGGCCUCCACGGGGAUUGUGAUGACGACAAGUACCGUCGCCGGCCUGCUCUGGGCUGGCUGGCUCAGUUGCUCAGGAGCCGGGCUGGGUCUCGGAAGCGGCCGCUGACCCUGCUGCAGCGGGCAGGGCUGCUGCUGCUUCUGGGACUGCUGGGCUUCCUGGCCCUCCUCGCCCUCAUGUCGCGCCUGGGCCGGGCUGCGGCUGACAGCGACCCCAACCUGGACCCGCUCAUGAACCCUCACAUACGUGUGGGCCCUUCCUGAAUCUCUGCCUGGGGCUAGGACCUGGGGACCUGAGGAGGGGAGGCAGAGAGGCUGGGGGUGCUUCUUCUCUGCUUCUCUUCCUCAAGCCUGAGACACUAAGAUUCCAGGCCCCAGGCCGAGUCCACCAGAGUGGCUGCAGGCCGGGUCUGGAGUCCUGGUAGGCCAAGCCUUUGUUCUGGCCUACUCUCCCUUGGGUCUCUGGCCUCCCACCCCCACCUCAGAAAGGAGCUGGAAGGCGGAAAUAAACAACAGACUUUAUGAAAACA